UUCCCAAAUCCAGGAGAUUCUGCCUUUUCCUUCUCCUUGCUUGUCUCCUACAGUCCCCAAAAUUUCCCCCCCUCCUGUGUCCUCUUCACCCCCUUCUUUUGGGGGCCCCGUGACCCUAAAUGUGGGGGGAACACUAUACUCCACUACAUUGGAGACCCUGACACGCUUCCCAGACUCCAUGCUGGGGGCCAUGUUUAGGCCUGACACCCUUAUGCCAGCCAAUCUCAACCGGCAAGGAGAUGGCCAUUACUUCAUCGACAGAGAUGGCAAGGCUUUCCGGCAUAUCCUCAAUUUCCUGCGCCUGGGCCGUCUGGACCUGCCCCGUGGGUAUGGAGAAACUGCCCUUCUUAAGGCAGAGGCUGACUUCUACCAGAUCCGGCCCCUUCUGGAUGCCCUGCGGGAAUUGGAAGCUUCUCGGGGUACCCCUGCACCCAGAGCUGCCCUGCUCCAUGCAGAUGUAGAUGUCAACCCCCGCCUGGUACACUUCUCUGCUCGCAGGGGCCCGCACCACUAUGAGCUGAGCUCUGUCCAGGUGGACACCUUCCGAGCCAACCUCUUCUGUACUGACCCUGAGUGUCUGGGUGCCAUGCGCAACCGAUUUGGUGUGGUCAGUGGGGACAGGGCAGAGAGUGGCCCACAUUUUCGUCUAGAGUGGGCCUCCCGCCCCCGGGAACUCCCUGACGUAGAGUAUGAAAGACUGGGGCUGCAACCACUGUGGACUGGGGGGCCAGAAGAUCGGCGGGAGGUGGUGAACACGCCUACCUUCCUGGAGGAGGUGCUGCGGGUGGCUCUGGAACAUGGCUUCCGCCUGGACUCGGUCUUCCCAGACCCUGAAGACCUACUGAACUCCAGAUCUUUACGCUUUGUCCGCCACUGAGCAUGCUACCUUUCACUUGACAGUGGAGGAAUGUGUCAGCCAAAGGGCUGAUGGCUCUUCCUCAGCCCCUUUCUAGUUCCAGCGUGGGAGCUAUGAGAGUCAGGGAUCCCACCAUACCUGACUGGAGCCUAGAUACAGGCUGAGAUUCCCAAAUCGAGCUGCCCCGACUCCCAGAACUCGAGUGGUCCAGAAGAUCUACACCGGGGCUUAUCCUGGGAAAGCAUCCGUGGCUUCUCGAGCCUGUUCUUGCUUGAGGAUGGGCCCUCUGUAUUCAGGGGUGUGGAAAAGGAAGCACCUUUUUGCCCAGGCUAGACUUAGCAGAACUCUGGAGGUUUGAGCACUAGGUGGAAGGACAUAUUUUGAAUUAUCAAAUGUGGUCUGUCCCCUAGACUGUGGCUUCCCCUCCUGGAGGUGGGCACCUUAUCCUACCAUGACCAUUAAGAGGCCAAGACAUCUGGGAGAUUUCUUUACUAUGUUCCAAGCCACCUACCAUGGGAGAUUGAAAAUAGACACCUCAUCCUAGGUCGACAAAAGGGAGCUAGGAGAACUCCCAUAAGCGUGGGGCUAGAGCACCCUUUCUGGAAUUCCGAGUGUUUUAGAGGACUCUGUGUAAGUGGGGCUGAACAUGGGGAAAGAUGCUAGUAUCUUUUUGUGCCCUGCACUUCUUUCAUGUAUGUGUGCCAGCCACGGUAUCUGACUGAUGCCUGGGUCCCUGGCAUCUCAGUUCCCAUCAGUGUUGCCGACUCCUGUGUUUACGUGAUGGUCCUUCUGUGAUCUUGGCAUGUCCAGGCCUGUUUGGAGUUGCCUAGAAACUCUUCAGGCUCAGGUAUAUCUAUGGUAUGUGUGAGAGCAGAUUGAGAUUUAGUUUAAUCAUAGGGUGUGUGUGUGUUUGCGUGUGUGUUUAUGCCCACACCACUACGUAGGCAGUUUGAGUUUUAGUCACUGGGCUCUUCCUAGGAGAGGUAAAGCCACUAGGCUUAGCUAGGCCUCAGAGACCUUGGGAAGCUCUUGGUUGCUGAGACAACCAUGAGCCUGUUGCUAGGAAAUAGCUGGCUAAGGCCUAAGGCUGUCCUGGGCAGAGAGGAGACAGUUGGGAGAGUCGAGAGGGUGUGGGAAGGGAUAGUAUUUCUGGGUUCCUGAGUGGAUACACAUCUUCACUGGGAGGAGUCAUUCCUCUGUCACUGUGACUUACAAGAAGAAAAAUAAAA